AUGAUGAAUCGAUCUCUACUGCGUGCUGCUGCACGCUCUGUCCAAGCAGGUCGUCCCGUCGUUGGCCGGCGGUACGCUUCCUCGGCCGUCUUCAAUUGGGAGGAUCCCCUCCUCGCGGAGGAGCUGUACACUUCGGAGGAGUUGGCGAUUCAGGACACAGCACGGCAAUACUGCCAGGAAAGAUUGAUGCCACGGGUCCUGGAGGCCUACCGCAACGAAGACUAUGAUCGUCGGAUCCUUGAAGAAAUGGGCGAGCUGGGCUUGCUCGGCGCCUCAAUCCAGGGAUAUGAGUGUGCCGGUGUAAGCACCGUGGCUUCGGGCUUGAUCACCAAGGAGGUGGAGCGCGUGGACUCCGGCUACCGGUCGGGCAUGUCGGUGCAGAGCUCGCUGGCCAUGACGGGUAUCUACGAGUUCGGCACAGAAGAGCAAAAGCAGCGAUGGCUACCUGGAUUGGCCAAGGGCAAGCUGUCCGGCUGCUUUGGCUUGACUGAGCCGAAUCACGGUUCUGACCCUGGGUCUAUGGAGACGGUGGCCCGCGAGCACCCGACUCAGAAGGGCAUGUACCUGUUGACCGGCAGCAAGACCUGGAUCACCAACUCGCCUAUCUGCGAUCUGGCUUUGGUGUGGGCGAAGCUCGAGUCGACCGGCAAGAUCCGCGGUUUCAUUAUUGAGCGUGAGCGCUGCACGCCCGGUUCAUUUGAGACCCCUGCGAUCAAGCACAAGAAUGGCCUGCGUGCUUCUAUCACGGGUAUGAUCCACAUGGAUGAUUGCCCUGUUCCUGCGGAGAACAUGUUCCCGGACGUUGAAGGCCUCACGGGCCCGUUCACCUGCCUGAACAGCGCCCGGUUGGGUAUUGCUUUUGGUAGUAUGGGUGCGCUGGAGGACUGUCUUGCCCGUGCGCGCGAGUACUCGCUCGAGCGCAAGCAGUUCAAGGGCAACCCGCUGGCCAAGUACCAGCUCGUCCAGAAGAAGUUGGCUGACGCGGCGACGGAUGCCGCUUACGGCACGCUGGCAGCGGUGCAGGUGGCUCGUCUCAAGGACGCGGGCAAGGCCACCCCGGAGAUGAUCUCUAUGAUCAAGCGACAGAACUGCGAUCGUGCACUGGUCAACUCGCGGAUCCUUCAAGAGAUCUUUGGUGGAAACGCUGCCAGCGACGAGUACCACAUUGGACGUCAUGUGUCCAAUUUGUUUGUGGUGCAGACCUACGAGGGUCAGAGUGAUAUUCACGCAUUGAUUUUGGGCCGGGCUAUCACUGGCAAGCAGGCCUUUGUUUAG